AUGUAUGUGCAUAAAGGUUCACAGGUGACAACAAUGCAGUCUACCGUGUCCCCCAUGACAAGCACCGAUAAGUUUCGGCGAGCUUACGAUAUUGGACUUCCUCCUGCUGUGAUUGAAAGGCAGACAAAAGUUUUAAACUACAGCAGCUCCACUGCUGCUGCGUUGGCAGGGCAGUUGGAAAACUGCGUCCGGUUGCUUCGCGGACACUGCGCGACACUGCACUAUUGCAAUGAAGAAAUUGAGGGUGCCUUGCUGACACUUGGUGUUGAUGUGACACAUUCUUUACUUUCUUCCAUUAGCGGUGUUAUUGAGGGCCUUGAAACCGUGGCGGGGACAUGCAAGGCGAUGUGUGAAAGCCACUUUGAGGAAGUUCGACAGCGGGAGGAUCUUUUUGCUUCGUUAUGCAACAUGUAUGUCACCUUGAAGGAGCGAAAUGAGUUCACGGAACGGGAGUUGCGUAGUAUUGUUGCGGAGCGUGAUCGUCAAAAUGCCGCGUUUGACAGGGCGGUUGCAUAUGUAGAAACGCUGAUUGCGGAAAGAGCAGUUUGGCACGAAAAGAACGGGUAUAAUUGUGUCGGCCUCCCGUUGGUGGAGAAGUUGUUUUCGGAAAGCUGUCAUGAGGCCCUCGAUGUGUUCGACAGGAUCGCACAGGAAACUCGCACUUCGGAUGGAAUGAGUUUGGAUUGCAUUCUUUCCAACACGGACACCCCUCGCAAACUUGUGAAAAGGUGGGAGAAGAUUGAGGAUCUUCGGCAUGCGAACGGGAUGCCUUCCGCGCGGCUGCAGUACAUUCCGCCCAGAGAUGAAGUACUGCUUCUUCGUGAGGUGCUGAAAAUGGGCACGGGAAGUCGAGUGUGCUGCGAG